AUGGCAUUAAGUCUUGCAACUCAGGAGGCUAUUUGGCUAAGACGAUUACUAGAAAAUAUCGGAGUCAAGCAGAAGGAAUCUACAGUAAUGUGCGAGGACAACCAAGCAGUGAUCCAAUUAUCGAGAAACCCGAAGUUCCACAACCGCACAAAACAUAUCGAUGUAGCAUUCCAUUUCGUGAGAGAGAAAGUGCAAGAUAAGUCUGUUCAUGUUGUGUAUUGUCAAACGGAUGAAAUGCUCGCUGACAUUUUAACAAAAGGUCUUCCAAGACAGACAUUUGAGAAGUUGAGAAAGCAGUUAUGCGUAACUGAGAUCAAGUAA